UUCAUAGCUUAAAAAUACUCACUAAUUCUUUCUAGAGUUUGUUAAGCUAUGGAUGAGCUCAACUAUGAUAGAAAAAGUGAGCUAAAAGCUUUUGAUGACACAAAAGCUGGUGUCAAAGGGCUAGUUGAUUCUGGCAUCACAAAAAUCCCAAGAAUUUUCUAUGAGCCAAAAGAAAAUAAUAACAACAUUAUUCCAUCACCCGAUUCAAAUUCGGGGGAAACCCAACUCGGUAUUCCAGUUGUUGAUCUCAAAAAUGUCGAAAAUGAUUUGACUCGACGCCAAGAGAUCGUGCAAGAAGUCGGGGUUGCGGCCGAGUCAUGGGGAUUUUUUCAAGUGGUUAAUCAUGGUAUUCCUCUAAGUGUUCUUGAGGAAAUGGAGACCGCGGUGAGGAGGUUUUUUGAGCAAGAAAAUGAGGUGAAGAAAGAGUUUUACACUCGCGAUUCGUCGAGGAAGUUUCGGUAUAAUAGUAAUUUCGAUCUGUUUAAUGCCCCAGCAGCUAAUUGGAGGGACACUGUGUUUUGUAUUAUGGCUCCUAAUCCUCCUAAGCCAGAGGAGUUGCCAUUGGCAUUGAGAGAUAUACUAUUGGAGUACUCAAAUGAGGUGAUGAAACUAGGAAUUGUGUUGUUGGAGUUACUAUCUGAAGCUCUUGGAGUCAACAAAAAUUACUUAAAAGACAUGGAAUGCGCUCAAGGAUUGGACGUUUUGUGCCAUUAUUAUCCACCUUGUCCGGAGCCAGAACUAACUAUGGGAACAAGCAAGCACGCCGAUGGUGAUUUCUUUACAAUUCUUCUACUUGACCGCGUAAUUGGUGGUUUGCAAGUUCUUCAUCAGAAUCGUUGGAUCGAUGUUCCUCCUAUUCCCGGAGCUUUGGUUAUUAACAUUGGCGACUUGCUACAGCUUGUAUCGAAUGACAUGUUGAAAAGUGUUGAGCAUAGAGUAGUGGCAAAUCACGACGGUCCUCGAGUAUCUGUUGCUUGCUUUUUUAGGACAGAUAUGGAAUCGUCUUUAAAGUAUGGUCCAAUUAAGGAAUUGUUAAGCGAAGAUAAUCCUCCCAAGUAUAGAGAGACCACCAUUAAAGAGUUUGUUGCUCACUUCAACUCGAAAGGCCUUGGAACAACUUCUGCUCUAUCCCAUUUUAGGCUCUGAUGAGAUAUUAUAUAUAUAUAUAUAUUAUUUUAUAAUAAUGUAUAUAUGAUCACACAUUUAGAUUAUAAAUUAUAAGAGAAUCACUUCAUAUAAUAUUUUUUUAAACCUUUUUUUAUUAUUUUUAUGGUUUGGAUUGCUCCGGUGGUUUCUAUAUGAGUUGAUAUGUAGCUUUGGGUUGUGAUUUA